AAAGGGAGAAUGAGCCGUUGCAAUUCCCUUCCCUCCACACGUUCGUUGUUGCCUUAUCUGUGGCUCUCUUCUUUAUUUCUCUCCCUCCAAUUGCCACAAAUAAUUAACAUUAACAGCGCCAACACCAACACACUGUUUUUUUAGUAAUCAUCAUGGCAAGCAAAUUAGCCUUCACAUUGACACACCCGCGUCCAUUCACUGCCCCAACACCAACACCCUUGAUUCCAAUCUCUUCCUUCUCCUCCAUUUCUGCUUCUAGAAUCCUCCUUAUUCAAUUCAAUGGCCGCCACUUAUGCCUUCGCCGCCGGUUAUUUGUGUUCUCCCCCAAGGCCACCACCGAUCAACAAGGCAAUGUUGAGAAAGAUGCUGUUGUUGAUAGUAAGAUCUUACCCUAUUGUAGCUUAGAUAAAAAAGAGAAGAAAUCAAUUGGUGAACUUGAGCAAGAAUUUCUUCAAGCACUGCAGGCAUUCUAUUAUGAGGGGAAGGCUAUUAUGUCAAACGAGGAAUUUGAUAAUCUCAAGGAAGAACUUAUGUGGGAAGGGAGCAGCGUUGUGAUGCUAAGUUCUGAUGAGCAAAAAUUUCUGGAAGCGUCUAUGGCUUAUGUGUCUGGAAAACCAAUCGUGAGCGACAAAGAGUUUGAUGAAUUGAAACUCAGGCUAAAGAUGGAAGGGAGUGAAAUUGUGGCUGAGGGUCCAAGGUGCAGUCUUCGUAGUAGAAAGGUUUACAGUGACCUUUCUGUUGAUUAUUUAAAGAUGUUCCUGCUGAACGUUCCAGCAACUGUGAUUGCAUUAGGAUUGUUCUUUUUCCUCGAUGAUUUAACUGGAUUUGAGAUCUCAUAUCUUCUAAAGCUUCCAGAGCCUUUUAGUUUCAUUUUCACUUGGUUUGCCGCUGUUCCCCUCAUUGUGUGGCUGGCUCAGUCAAUUACAAGUGCAAUUGUAAAAGAUUUUUUGAUUUUGAAGGGUCCCUGUCCUAACUGUGGCACUGAAAAUACCUCUUUCUUUGGAACUAUACUGUCAAUUUCAAGUGGCGAUUCCACCAACACUGUCAAAUGUGAAAGCUGUGGUACUAAAAUGGUGUAUGAUUCAACUACAAGAUUGAUUACAUUACCAGAAGGAAGUAAUGCUUAAAUGGAGUUACAUGCCCUGUACAAUCUUCUAGGAUCGCUGCUAAAUCUGUUGUAAGAUAUAUUCUCGAGCCUGCAUCUUCAUCAUAAUUUGUCUGUCGCGGGAUCUGUUCAAGAUCUGUAAGGACAUUCUGAUCUACAUAUUCUAUGUAUUCUUAUUUAUACAUACACGCAUGCUAGUACCACCAGCAAUGAGAUGAGAUCAUCAUAGGUAGAAGCUAGUGACUAAUUUAUCAAGUCAGGAAACUGCAUGGUCAUUGAUCCCCUAAAGGCUAUGAAAUUAUUGUGUGAUCUCUAAUGUAUAAUAAUGUGUUAUGUGCCACCACCAUAUCUAAUAGGAAGUUGUUAUUAUAAGAACUUUGUAUAGCAGAAUCGUCCAUUGGAGAGAUGAGUUAUGCGAGGAUUCUUAAAACCGUUG